AUGCCGACCUAUUAUAAAUGGGUGUCUGCUCCUAAACCAAAAAGAAGACACGAUUACCCUAGUUUGGAAGUUACUAACCAUCCUUUAAAGAGUGAACUAUUAAAUUUAAAAUUCAGUACAAAUCAAAGUCUCCUACAAAGUCUAAAGAAAUGGAGUUUGCCAUUUGAGGAGUUAGACCCUCUACUCAGAUUUGAACAAAUGGAUUUGGAUAAUGAGACUGGUCCUAGUGACAUCACAGGAGAUGUAAUUAACUAUCCAAAAGCAUGGAAUUCACGGCGGAUUGCAAUCUUAAACAAAUAUACAACAGGAGAAAAAUUAACUAUAAUCAGUAGUUUUCUGCCUGGUGGUGAAAAAAUUAGUACUUUUUCAGCUCUUUUAAGACAGGUUUCUAAUCUAAAUGAUAAAGUUAAACAUAGACUGGAACAGUUAGAUGACUUUGAUGAAUCAUCUAUAAGAAAAACUAUGGGACUUAGCCAGCAGGAAUUCGUCACAAAAAUACAUAUGCUUGAUGAAGAAAUAAAAAAAGCAUGGGAUACUGAACAACGGGUUAAAGCAUUUAAAAUAGCAAUUCAAUGUUCUAAGCUGCUCUCAGAUAUAAGUGUUAUGCAAUUUUAUCCCAGUAAAUUUGUUCUUAUAAGUAAUGUAUUAGACAAUUUUGGAAUGCUUGUUUUUGACCGUUUGAAAAAGAAAAGUUUUGGUGAUAAAGAUAUUAAAUUAGAAGACAUAGAUUCCAAUCUAGUGCCAGAGGCAGCAAAGGAAACCUGUCAGAAUUGGUUAUUUAAAAUGGCAUCAAUAAGAGAACUAUUGCCAAGACUUUAUAUGGAAAUGUCCCUACUCAAAUGUUAUCUUUUUACAUCAAGAGAAGAGUUAAAACCUGCCAUUGCAAGGUUGACAAAGAUGAUAAGGGGUAUUGGAAACCCUCUAGUUGCUGUCUAUGUUAGACUGUAUCUAUGUAACACAGCUGCUAAACUCUUUGGUAGAGAUAGUGAAAACUUUUUUUAUGACAACCUAAUGGAAUUUUUUGAUGACUACCCACAGAUUUUCCAUCCAGCCAUGAUAAAAAAGUAUGGAGCUCAGCUAUUAACCUCUGAUCAGUAUUUAAGUCUAUACGUACCAGCCGUGGAUUGGCUGCUCUAUGGUACUCUCAAUGCAACUCCUUGCAAGCUCACUCUUCUGGAAGAAUUUCUUGAGAAAUGUCAGAAUAAAGACAACAGUGAAUUACUUCUAUGUUGUUUUGUAUCUGCCUUCGACUCCCCAAGUGUUAUUAAGAAAUCAUCAAUUAUUAUGGAUAUUAUAUACAAGGCUGCUGAUGAAAUGGUACUUUUAAGUCAAGUCCUGAACUCAUUGGGUGAGCACAUGUGCCAAGCGGAGCCCUACCGUCACCCUUCAUCGGAGUCCCUCAGUCAGACGUGGUGGAAGGUCGCUUCGAACAUGCGCUCUACUAACAACUUCCUUCAAGCUUUGGAGCCCUGGAUGCAGUUCGCCUGUAUUCAGCUAUCGUCUCAGCAUAUAAACAUGUUGCUUCGUGGGACUAUCCGCUACAUGAUAAAGUGUGGAUCGCCGGCCGAUGAGUACAGCGUUCAGAUCCAGGCCGUCGUUAACAGAUUAUUGAAACACGUUCCAGAUGUUGAGGAGUUGUUCCUUAUGGAUGCCUUUAUGCCGCUUGUGGAGUUGGUGCAGACAUCUAACGCCAGGACCGCCAUGGCUAAGACUGUGUUGUCUGUGUUCUUUGAGAGAUUCACUUCAGUACAAAUAGAAGACCACAUCAUCAUCAGCAGUCUUAUGAGGCUGUGUUGCAUACUACACGACUCCAUCAACGCCGUGACAGUUGAAGACGAGAGCAAACUUGUCGCUGAACUGAUAAACAAGUUCAUCCUGGCGGUGUCUUAUCAGGAUGACCUUGAACAGCAGUUGAACUUCUACGUGGACUGCAGGGCGGCCUUCAUUAAACUGGAUUCAGUGCUAGUGACCUUGAUACAUUGUGUAAGCGCACUGUGGUCCCGUGCGGGCGCGUCGUGUGGUCGCGGCGCGGCGCGUGCGUGCGGUGCGUACGUGUUCGUAACGAGCCCGUCCCUGCAGUGUCCGCUCACCCGCGCUUCAUUGACGCUCCAGGCUGCGCAACUGUCUUUAUUAAACUGCUGCCAGGGACAAGCUGAAGCGAAUUUAAAAUCAUUCGUGAGUUUGAUACCAGAGAUACCGCAGUACAUUCAAGAGGACGCACAGAAGAAACCUACUCAUGAUAGAGUACUCGGUUUAAUAAGUAAUUUUCUGUCUACAUUACUUAUUUUGCCGGAUAAUAUGGAAAGUAAUAGUAAGGCGUACAUCCUGAGCGGGUUCAUAAAGAUUAUGGAGAGGAUACAUUGGAAGAAAACAGACGCUUUAUACUACACCAGCCUACUGAGAACUAUGGACCUUUUAUGUGAGAUGACUCGAGAUACAUACGCGUAUCAUAUAGAAGGAGUUAUGUCGAACGAUGAAUUGUAUGGGUGCGAUAGAGAAUUUAUAGAUGUCCUUGAAAAGCACGCCACGAACAUAUGUCAGGAGUUGUUGGUUGUGUUGAAGGCGCUCGGGGACGCUAAAGAGAACAAGAAACAGUGUAAUUUAGCUCUGGACUUGUUUUGGAGGAUUAUAAGGAGGGGUGACGUCAGCGACGGGUCGAUGGCCAGCCUAGCGAUGAACUUAUGGUCGCUGUCCAAGAAACAUCAAGACUCUAAUAAUAAAUAUGCGAAAUCACUGUUGAUAAGUUUGGAACAGGAUCCGACCCCGGGAUGCCAACGAUUGUAUGAAAAAAUAAAGGAUAUGUAA